AUGGUUAUUUUCAGGUACUCUGAAGUUACACCAAAGCAUGUAGUAAAUGAGGAAGGACAACCUGGAUUUCAUAUGCAAACAGUCAAAGCUGCUGAACAUUUAUAUGCUAUCAUUGACGGAAAACAAAAGGAGAUUUUGGGCACAACAUAUGCUCAUAUCAAAGAAAUAGUGAAUGCUGUACAUGAAUGUGGAUAUUUUGACAAAACUAUUGAGAAAGUUGCAGAAACUGAGGAAACUCACAUAAUUGUGGAAGAAGAGCAGCAGAUAUCAGCUUUGGAAGUAGAGGAAGCCAAUGCUGUCCCUUCCUACCCACCACCCACUGUCCUCCGUGUACCUCCUGCUCCAGCUGUUGUUUCUGCACCAGGCUAUCCACUCCGACCUCUUCCCCCAAUAACUUUACAAGAAGUUGAACAUGCAUACUUCUCCCAAUAG